AACAAAAAAUGGAGGCACGAGUUAUGAAAAAUAAAAAAGAUGGCCAUUUAUGCGCUAUUCAGGAUAUAUGCAGGACUGGAGAACAUUGUUUAGAAGUUGAUGCCGCCAAAUACCUUUGUAUUUGUGAUCCGUUUGGCAACGCGACUAAAGGUUGUGUCAAUAAAGAAAGUCUCAACGCUUCCACGGUGGCGCAAGCUAAAAAAUAUAGGAAAGAAAUGAAAGAAAAAGAGAUUUAUGCUAAAGAGAUGGAAUUUUUAGCUCCCAAUUUUAUCUCUGCAAAGGACGAAUCCAAUGAGGACGAAAAAGAAGAUUUCAAGGUGAAAAUAGCAUCAGGAGAAGUUUCAAGCUUAACUGGGUUUGAAAAUUGCAGAAAAUGUUCCCUACGAGGUUCCGAGUGCUUAGUGAUAGGGGAUUUGAUUAAUUCAACUUUGUGUUUAUGCUUGCCUGGGUAUAACGGAGAAUUUUGUCAGAAUAAAGUGUCUUCCCUCAAGAUAAUAUGGCAAAACAGGGGUAGCUUGUAUUUCUAUAUAGGUAUCAUGGCAUCUUUAACGUUGGCAAUUCUCAUCGUUAUCAUGAUAAUGUUUUGUUGGCGCAAAAGAAAAAGGGAUAAUUCUGGUAGACAUCGAAACCACAAAUCCUAUCCAAAAUCAAAAUGCCAUUCUGCAAUUUCCUCUUUUCUUGCUCUGAACAAUAUCAAGCCCAAGAAGAAAUCUCGCGGGAGUUACAAAAAACUUAAAAGCAACAAAAAUGAAGAGCACUCUUUCCUCAAUAAAAGAACUUCCGCCGAUUCCGCUUUUACCUUAAAUUCUUUUUCAACCCUCAGCGAUAUAGGUGAGAAUAAUUGGGACGAAAACCCUAAUUUUUACAAUAAGCCGCUCCGUAAAAAAACUUACAGGGGAAUUCACAAGGAACGCUACGUUACCGAACCCUUUAAGGAAGAUGAAUUAUCCUUACAAUCUUAUUCAGAAGAUAUAGUGGAAUACAAGGCUCAACCACCAUCAAGAACUUUCAAAGGUUUGAAAUUGAACAAAAAUUUAGAAAAUGGUAAUAAAACGCGUAGUAGUAGAGCCAGCAACGGUAGCAGAAAUCGCUCCAAGACGAGUUUGAUACCUAAUGAAAAUAAUAAUAAUAAUGGUAACACACAUGAGUAUAUCCCCGUAAUUAAGCUCUCCAACGAGAGCAUAAAACUCGCCUAUCCCGAAAAUAUAAAUAAUUCGGGACUAAACGGCACCAUAGCUAAUAGUGUGAACGUAGAUUCCAAGAAUGCUAUCCCAACCGAACGGCCAUCUAAUAACAAAUUACUAUAUCAUCCUAUACUGACCGACGCCAUAUUCCCUCAACCUAUAAAUCAAAACAAGAUUUACAAUAACAAUUAUUCCGCCAUAACUCUAAACGAAAACAAUAGUUUGAUAAAUACCGAAUAUAAUAAAAGUUAUAAUACGUUGCCUAUGAACGGUAACGAUUCUUUCGGAAAGACCUCUAUAGUGUUUAACAGGAAAGGUGAACCUCUUACGCCGCCUUACCCGUUUAUUAAACAUCAAUAGUUUAUGUUUGUUUUUCUUAAUAUCGAUAGAAAAAACGCACGUUUUUCACAACACAUCAUUGUUUAAGAGGAAUA